CGCACAGGCGCACAGCACUGUAUCCUAGUACAAAUACAAAUUUGAAAGAUAGAAUCAAACUCGAACUUGUAAAUAAAUAAUGUGUGCUCGCUUGGUGACCCAUUGCAAAUAAAAAAUUACUAUAAAAUUGUUGUUUACCAACAAUGGCAUUUUCAUUUGGUUCAAAUACUACUACUCAAAACACACCUUUCGGCAAUACUGCCGCCAAACCAUCAUUUGCCUUUGGUGGUACAAACACAGCGACAACUAGCCAAGCUGGGUUUGGUUUUGGCACUAACACAACAUCGUCAGGUUUUGGAGCAUUUGGUUCUACUACAACAAGUACAGCUACGCCAUUUGGUGGGCUAGGAAGUGCUCCAGCGUCAACUGCCCCUUCACUCUUUGGUGGUACUGGAUUUGGUGCUACAGCUAAUAAACCGGCUGCAGGUUUUGGUGCAGGUGGCUUUGGAACUUCCACAUUUGGUACAGGUAGUACGUUUGGUACUAGCACAGUGGCACCUUUUGGCAGUUCUGCCCCUACUUUUGGUACUGGUACCAACACACUUGGUGGUAAUACUUUUGGAGGCUCGUCAUUUGGUGUUGGUACCAAUUUUGGUUCAACAUUUGGUCCUAAGCCAGCUACAACUGGAUUUGGAGGAUUUGGUACAGGCCUAGGUACUGCAAAUACAUUUGGACAGCCACAACAGCAACCACAACCGCAGCAAGGUCCAACAUCGGCUCAGGAAGCAUUAGUUGCAGCGGUCUUCAAUUGCUGCGUUUUUGGAGAUGAACGGGAUCAGGUCCUUGCUAAGUGGAAUCUCCUGCAGGCCCAGUGGGGCACAGGAAAAGCAUAUUACGCCAAUGCACCACCUUUGGAAUUAAAUGAGCAGAAUCCGCUAUGCCGCUUCAAGGCCGUCGGGUACUCCCGGAUCGGUGGCCGCGAGGAUAAGGAGGGACAUGUCGCCAUGCUGUUUAAUAAGCCUGAACAGGACAUUAAAAACAAUCAACAGGCUCUUAUGACUUCAAUUAUGGGCCUGUUGGGAAACAAACCCAACUUAGAAGUAAAAAUUGAUUCCAUCAAGGCAGUCUCAGAAAACAAGACUCAGAUAGUAAUAUAUGUAGUAGACAAAGGCGCGGGGGGGUUGCACGUAUCAGCGUCGGAGUUAGCGACGUUCAUGAACUCGGGCAAUGUGAAGAAUGCAUUGGUAGGGGCUGGGUGUCCGGCAGUCACUGCCGUUACUAGACCGUCGCCGCAGGUGCUCGCUCAGUACUUACAAACGCCACCUCCAGGCAUGGAUCAAAGGCUAUGGAAACAAGCCCAGGCCGAUAAUCCAGACCCAGACAACUACAUUCCAGUACCUAUGAUUGGAUUUUCUGAGUUAAAGUUUCGCGCACGCUGCCAAGCGGAGGAAGCGAGUCUGCAAGCUAGUUGGCUGAAGCGAGCCGCCGAGGAGCUGGGUGAGCUGCGCACGCGUCGCGCCGCCUCCGCCGCGAGACUGGCUCAACUAUCCGCACGCCUGGCAGGGCUGAGGCACACGUUGCUGCAGGUGACGGCGCGCCGUGAAGUGAUAGGCCGCGUAGGCGCAGCGCUAUCGCCUGAAGAAGAGGCAAUACGGGCGCGGCUGCACGAGCUCGCUUCGCAACUCGCUGCGCCGCCGUUGUACAAUGGUCGCCUGAACGAGUUACUUUGCGCAGUGCGGCUUCAGCGCAGCGCGAGUACCGGCGCGCCACUCGAGAGAUACCAUCUCGAUCCGGGUGCCCAAGAAGACGUGAAGCAGUUCCUCUCACUUCAACAACGCGGAAUGGCGCAUCUCAUGGACACAGCAAAGAAGGACCUCGCCGCACUCAAUACUAUCGCGGAAGGCAUGGCUCGACUGGUCCGGGGCUAGUCUCUUUCUAAUAAUCUUGUCUUUUUCCUUCUUUUGUUUUGAACGUACGGUUUAACACUUAAACGGAUUCGUCAUAGCAUCUUUGCUAAAUGUUGUGACACUGAUGUGCACUUGUACUAAACUUAAGUAGGCCUUAAAGUAAUGACUAAAUUGAUGAGACACUUAACACAAUGUAUUAAGAGUUUCUUUUGCAUUGCAAGCAAUGGUUUAAGAUGUACUUAAGUUUACUGCAAGAGGACUUAAGUCAGCAGCCUUGUCAAAUGGCAUCGCCGUAUGAAAAGAGUAAAGACAGACAUUCUACUGACAAUACAAAGAUAAAUGUUAAAACUCAACACUAGCGCAUCGUUGUAAUUUGUACGCCUUCACUUAUUCAUUCGAGCGCAUUUGUGUUACAAACGUACGCGUAAUAUUUGGAAUAAAUAUAAUUAGAGACCGGUUGUUGAAGUUUAUUCAAUUAUUAUAAUCUACGUUUGUACUCAA